GCGGCCACCAGAGGGCAGGGCGGCGGCGCAGCGAAAGUGUAAACAGUGAGUCAUCUCCACUACCUUUGUCUGCCCUUUUAACGCGCGAUUCCUCCCUCCAGCGGUGACUACCUCACUCUCCAGCUCCCUGGUGAGGCCGGUGAGGAUAAGUGUGAAGUACAAUGAGGUCAGAUCAGGUAUACCAGCCCACCACCACCACACUGACCUAUGACCGGAACAAGGCAUGGGUCCCUUCCUUCCUGGCCCAGAGCUCCUCGGCAAGUUUAUGGUCACGCACGCUGGUCUUGAUCAUCUCUGUCAUGUUUGCAGUCAUGGGAAUGGUGAUGAUCAUUGUUGGAGCAACGUCCUAUCAGUCCUUGGGGGAGACGGGGAAGGAAGUAAACAGUACAGCCUACAUAAUCAUCCUUUGUUUAGGAGUGCUCCUGGAAUUUGCUGCGAUAUUAGCCAUCAUCUUCUAUAUGAGAAAUAUGGGAUACUACAUUCCUUGUUGUCCGGGCAAAAUUGCACGUAUCAGAAAACGUCUUCAUGAAAACCAAAUGAUGGUCAAUGGACAGAUGGUGAGCACGGGUGAACCAGUUUCGGCCCAGUACUGCCCUCCGUCACACCCUGGGGUCGGCAGCACUCCACCACCACCAUACACUGAUGUGUCGGAGGAACAACGACUCAUGGAGGACAAGAUUGAUCUUGGUGACGACACCGAACGCAUCUUGGAAGAAGACCCACGUAUUGUCUUGACUCCCCUCAAGCCUCAUGAGGAGUGUUAGAACUUUCACCCAGUAAUGUGUUUGGUAAACCCACCCUUACCACAACUCAUUCUGGUUACUGAGUUGGUGGCUAGAGGAUGGGAGUGAUAGCUGUGCCUGGCGUCUUUGCUCCUCUGGCCUCCACAGAUACUUAAACACCAAGUCAGCUUGCCGAGUUGAGCUUGGGAGUCUACAUUCACGACAAAGGAGGGAAUCUUUGUGCUUAAUGUAACUCGCAUUCCCAAUUUUUUAAGACUUUAAUAUCUGAACCAAAGGAAGUCAAGAAAUCUGCCUAGGUAAUGUAGUGUGUGCUAUUCUGCAUUCCAUAUUAACACUCCAGCAAUGAUGGACUACUUGAAACAAUAUUUUAUCUUGUAAACUGCAUGUCAUAAUGGCAAUUUAUUUUAAGUAUAAAACCUUACUUCUAGGUUAGAUAUUCUAGUUAUGGUAGGAUAGUUUUUUUUUUAUUCAUUAUAUAUAAAUCCUGCCAGCUCUUUAAAGAAUAUAAGGCAAAAAGUCUCUAUUCCAGUAAGACAUUAUUUGAUUGAAACAUACAGUACAGUACUAUAGUUUGGCCUCGUGUAUAUUAUACCCAUGGCAAUAUUUUUGUAAUGUAUUCACAGUAUGAUAAAUAUAUAUAGUUAUGACUAGUCUUGAGUCAAGAAGAGAUGUUCUAGAAAUGGUAAUGUUGUAAUUAGUUCUUUGAGACCUAUUUUUGUAAUGAAAUACUAAAUUCGGUGGAAUAAUAUGCUAGUUACCGACUUACUAUAGCGAUGAGUAUACAGUACAGUAUUUCACAUAAUUGGCCUUAACUGCUGGGAAGUUAAGAGGCCACCCUAAGAAACCAUUAUGUUAAUAGAGUAAUGGGUGUAAAGAAUGUUGCUGUUGAUGCCUAACAAAUGACUAAUAAUUGGGUUGCCAAUUAUACUUUAUCAGGAAGUUGAUGAUGUCUUUGUGAAGAUUUUAGAGCAAGAGGUGGGGUGCUCUUUAACUAAAUUCUAAAUUUGUUCGGUAUAAGGCCUAAGGCCAUUUACUUUUUCUUUUUCCAUACGAUGUAUAUAUAUAUACAAACACAUGGGAGGCUUCUGGUUCUGUGUGGGGGUUAUGCCGAGUUCCUUGAUAGACUUUGGAAAACUGAGCCACAUAUUUUUUUAUGGGAUCAAUAUAUGGUCAAAGUAAGUGUUGUUUCGGGACUAAAUUUUGUUUUUAAUAUAAAAUGCUACAAAUGUACCGUAAUUUUUUUUAGCUCAAUGCGCCACAAUGAAAUUUAUUGGACUGUUUAUCUUAAUAUUAUUAACGUUUACUUAUAUAAUUGGUAUGCAAGAAGAAUUUUGUUUAAAAUAGUUUUGUUUCUUUAAAGUGGUGAAAUAUUCACAUUUUGCAUUUAAGGCAUAAAUAAGUUAAAUAAAACCACAAUUAUUGAUACUGACAACUCAAAAGUAGCAUGAAACAGAGAUGAGCUUGAUAAAGAUCAUUUUUAUCUAGAUUUUUAUCCCAAGUAGAUCACUUGUUCCUCGGUGGAAUUCUUGGUGAAUCGGAUACUGUACUUUUGAUAUCGUUCGCCUUGUACGUUUCUGUUCUUGUAUUGGCAUCCUUGGUGAUAUUUAGCGCCCUCUGAUUAUUCUGCACAUUUGAUGGUGCUACAUAGCCUUCCCGGUUUGGUGCCUUCUUUUGAUAAUUACUUACUUAUCCCAAAUAGAAAAACUUAUGUAGAACCAUGCUAUGCAGAACCAGGAGUCUACUGUAAACACUUGCAAGAAAUAAGGGGAAAUAGAUGCAAAUUUCAGGGAUCGUUAAAACUAUAGUUGUCCACGUCAGUUGUAUGUGUAUAUUUGAUCAAGUUCCUGGAAACACUGGUCAACCGUCCAUUGAAAUGCUUACCAUUCCACUAUAAAAUUUUCUCUGCCCUGUUAGCAUUGUAAGUGUUGUUAAAAGUAUUAACAUAAGAAAAAUUGAUUAAGAUAUUAGCGAAAUCCUUGAUGAUACAGUAUAUAUUUCCACACUCUCACACACUCACACUCAUACACUUAAACUCACUGCAUUUGCAGAAUAUUCCACUAUUAUUUUAUUACUGAUCACUUUGGAGCCUUCAGGUGUCCAGGACAUAGUAUGUAAACAGACACUUGAAUUGAAGAAAACUUUUGAAUUGUUAUAGUUUUGCCAAAUUGUGUCCAAGUGCAUAAUCACGUGUGGAAUUAUAUUUGGGAGUUUAUCUUCAUACUUACUUGGCGGCAUCUUGUAAAUUUUUAAUUGACAAUAAUGCUGAAAAAUAUUAGACAUAAUUGAUGCUCUUCUUAGCUUUUUAAGUAACUCUUACUCAGGAGCAAGAAAUAGUGAAACAGAAAAUGGUAGGGUAGAAUUCAUGGCUUGGCGAUAUCUUGAGGCACCUGUGGUAGACUGUUAUUGCGAUGGGCAUGAAUUUUUAUAUAUAGCAAAGAUUGCAUAUAAGGUGGAGGCUAUUUGUAAUAUAGGUAAUACAGUAUAGUUAUUUUUAAAUUUUUUUUAAGGAAAAUUGGAGCCUAGGGUGAAUGGGGGAAACCAUCAGUUAUACGAAGCACAUGUUUAUGAUUGUAAGGGUAAAGAUGGCAUUGCAAUAAAGAGGCCAUAAAUGUUAAUAUACUUAUGUAAAAGGAUGAAGUAAACUGCCUUGUGUUUUUGGGAAAUGUAUUUACAAUUUUUACAGUGCAUGGAAUAAAUUCUAGAGCAUAAUAUCCAGAAUAUCAAAAGUAUAAAAGUGCAGUUUAAAAAAUAAACUCCGGGAUUCGUUUUACGAUGUGAUUCCUAAAAAAACUGAAAUUAAUACUAAAAUGGAAUGCAAGCUAACAUAAACACGCCAAGGGAUGCAAUCUAGUUGACAGAGCUUAACAAAAUUAAUUGCUUCCCCAUAUAUUGCAGAUAGCCUUUUUUUUUGGGUAUGUAAAUAAGUGUUAAUACAUUUGCUUGAUAGCCAAAUCUUUUGGGAAUGUAGACAAAUUCAUAAAGAUGUCUGCUACAAUUAUGUGAAUGCUGUUUAUUUUGAGUUGAGUUAAACAAAAAAUAAAUAAAUAAUCAUAGCUUGCAUAGUAUUGAAGUAGUGCCUAAUUUAGUAAUACAGUAUAAAAAUAAGUGUGUAUUUUCUCAGGACUGACAUUUUUGUUAUUAAAAAUGUGUUGGUUAUUUCCUCGUUUAACUUUGUGGACAAUGAAGUAAAGAUGGCUUCCAGAUUAUCAGUAUUGGUCAGGAGAAUGUGUCAAUGAGCUAGAGGUGAAUUUGUAUUAAUGUGUAAUGUUUUAUGUACAUACAGCAAAGUCUCUGUCUUCUGACGAUGCAUCUGUAAUUGCUUUAAAGUAUUUACUAGUGGGUGAAGUUCAUGCAAGACGAACUAAAACUAUAUCCAAUACCGUCUUUUUACCCGGGGUAAAUUGUCCAGGGCAAAUUAUCUAGCAAUAUAGUAAUGUUUCAUAGGUGAUGAUAUUCUUUUAUGUUUUUAGCUUACAUUAAGUUUUGUUUUUUUUAAAGUCUUGAGGUUCGAGGAUUAUUAUUUAUAGCAAUAUUUUAUAAGGUCAAUUAAUAAUUGUUGCAAGACAUUGGUAAAAUGUGUUAUGCAGAGAGAAUAAUUGGUGUGUUUUUGUGUGCUCACACUAUGGGGCGUGCAAUGGUAUAGUGUUGUCUGUCCAACACUAUACCAUUGUAUAGUGUUGGACAGACACUGUACAAUGGUAUAGUGUAUUCUCCCCCUCUUUUUUUUUGGAGGGGGGGGGGAAAUGACAAUGGCUGGUGACAGUAUCUCAUCAGAUUUCAUCUUGAUACUAAAUAGCAUACUAUAAUGCAUGGACCAAAUUUGAUAAGUGGGUCAUUACUAUUAUUUUUUUUUUUUUUUUGCAUGGGGUGAAGGGGAAGGGGGUGGGGGGGGGCAACUUUGAGUGAUGCACUUCAUAUUGCAAAACUAGGCUUAUGACUGCUGCUUAAAUAAGUCUAACAUCAUAUUUUUUUUUAAGAAUAUGCUGCAUGUGACAACUUUAUUUUAAUUAUUUUAUAGGAAAUCUCAUAUGCAUAAUAGAUGUUUAAAUAAUUGAUAGUCAUUAUUUUCAUGCCAUUUCUGCUCUUAGAUUACUUGCUAAUUUAAUACACAAAUAUUUAGUUGAUAAUUUGCAAGUGCACACAAAAAUUAUUCAUAGAUGCUUGACGUUUGUGCCCAAGUCUACAGAAGCGAUCAGCAUGUUUUGCGUGUUUUCAAGAUCUCCAUGAAAAUAUGAAAAGUUUGAAUCUCAACAUUGAGACAGUGAAGAUGCAUCAUUUAAUGUUGCACAAAUCAUGAUAAAAUUCAUCUUGAGUAGCAUCUCUCUACCACUCCAGUGCUUACAGCCAGAGGCUCUCUUUGUCUCAUUCUUGUAGCUUACUUUCAGUUUUGUUCAAUUAUCUAAUAAAGGUGAUUGAAUAUGCAGUGUCGUGAAAUUCCGUCCAAUUUCAUGCAAUGAACUUCUAUAGUUGCUACGAACUACGAUACAUGACACACCAUUAUAAUAAGAGAAUUAUUGUUUAUGCAGUUUUAUGAUUACUGUACAUAAAUUUUCUAGAUAUAUUUUCAUUGAAGAAUUUGUUGUGUCUUUAGCUUUGAUGUGCUAUAGGGAUUUGUUUUUAUUUUUGAUGAAUACUAGUUGGAUCUGUUGUGGAAAAAAGGUGUUCAAAAAGAUUUUUUUUUAAGUUGUCAAGUACAGGAUAAAAGAGAAUUUUAUGACCAUUAGUGCAUGGGAGUGAACUGGUACAGAAUGUCAGUCUUCAUAAUGAUGAAAUAAAGUAAAACAAUUUAUAUUGCUGCUUAAAUAAGUAUUUAAACAACAAAUUUUGCUGUUUUGUUGUAUGAUAAAUUAUUAUAUAAAUGUAGCUUAAAGAGAACAGAAAAAAAAAUUUGUUUGUGUUACUUGAAUACGGACUGUAUAGUGCAAAUUUAAACCGCUGUUUCCCGAACUGUGUUGUUUGCCCAUGGUGGUGUCGGUGAUCGAGGCAUAUGCACAACCAGUGUAUAUAAUGUCAGUGUUUUGUUCUUUAUGGGUGUGAGCGUGACCUGAUGAUUAUGUGCUAGGUCUCGUGCUCAUAGCAGCAUGCUUUGAAGGUUUAGUUAUGUACAUAUGUAUAAUGAUGUAUCCCAUUGUCACGUUUAGCUUGUUUCAAUUGAUUAACAUGAAUAGUCUUCACUUGUCUGAAAGUAGAAAUGGCAAAUUCUAAUUUAAUUUCAUGAAAAGGUGUUUUUAAGUGCCCCCCACUUUUUUUUUUCUUUUAAGGUUAGCUCUCAUAUGUUUGCCAAAAAGUUGCUUUUUGAAAUACCAAUAAAAAUAGUGUUAGUAUACCUUAACUGAAAUUAAAAAGUCAAACAUGCUAGGCUGCAACAAUUACAUGUUGUGUAUAUGUGUAAAUAAUUUUCAUUUGCAUUUUUUUUAUAAAGCUAAAUUGACUAAUAUUGCUACUGCUGUUAGAGGUAUACAUAAGGCAUAGAUUACAUUUACAAUGUUUGAGAAAGUAAGCAACUGACAGUGGAGAAUAUGCAUACCAUGGCUUCAGGGAACUUUGACAGACUUGUAUCAGUCAAUGUUCUAGUUAUAUUAAAUAAUGAACACUAUGAUAUUAUAAUUCAUCAAUGCAGUGAUAUUUAUUUUUCUUGUUAAAUGUAAUGUUAUUGGUAAUCAUUGAUAGUCAUUUAGCUUUAAUUGUAAUUAUCUUUAACAAAAACGGCUAUGAAAUCUUCAAUUUUGUAUCGGGUUUCCACUACUGUUAAAUAUAAAUGCAUCAGAAAUAUAUAAUUUACUACCUUAAGGUAUAAUGUUUACCCAUGUGUAUAAGAGGCUUGCAUGGUGAAUGGGAGGCAUGUGAAAUGCUAGCCAUAAUACACAGAAUUGUGUGGAAUAGGUCAUGAAAGAUUCUAUAAUGUAGAGGAGGCACUGUAGGUCUAUGUAACAAGUCUCGUGUUUUCAAAAGUCUGCGAAAGUUCUUGGCAAGAUGUGCCCACUUUCCACCCUAUUAAGAGCCUCCUCACCUUGUCUUGUACUGUAUUACUAGUGUUCCUGAAAUUUUUAUGCAAGACCACCAAAAGCCAAUUUUUUGAUAGGACUGGUUACCUGAUGUGAUCUUCUAGACGUCUUCAUUCUUACAUGAUGUGCAAAAACAACUUGUACAUUUGCCUCCUUCCCUUCCUUCCCUAGUCUACAUAAACUCUUUGCAGAAGCAUUAUUUCAAACUGUAACUGAAAAUAGACUGCAAAGGUAGAGGUCUUUGUAUUUUUGUAAUUUGAAUACCUUAAACACGAUAUUGAUUAUUACAUUUUAGUCAUGAAACUGAUACAUAAAUGUAUUGGAAACAUUGUUGCAGUGUCUUAUGUGUAAAGUAUAUUUCAUAUUUUUUAUUAUGAUAGCAUAAGGCAAAUUUUAUGGAUAUUAGCCUGAAGAUUGUGCCUUGUAUUGCCAUUAUAUGUGGUCAGCACCCAUUUAGUAUAAGCAAGAUAUUUAUGUGAAUUGAGUAGCCUUAGCUUUUUAUAAUAAAUUUUAAACCGUAUCAUACAGGAUUACAGAGGCACAUAAUCGGUUCAGGAACUGAACCCUCUAGUUCGUUUAGCUAAGCAAAUAACCAUUUCUUUUGUAUACUGCAUCAAGUUAAAAUUUUAUAGUAAAUGAAAUUUUAAUUAUAUAUAUAUAUAUAUCUCGAUAUGUUAAACUAUAUGCAUAUUCUCUUUUCCCCAAAUUUAUUUAAUUUUUUUUUUUAUAGAGAUUUCUAGUUAAGUCCCUAUGGAAAGUUUUUGUUUUUUUUCCCCAUUCAUAGUAUUAUUCCGUGUGUGUGUGUGUGUGUGUGUGGUAACAUUUCAAACAAUAGUCAUUUUUCAGUAAUAAUGCUAGCUUUUUUAAUUGAUGUGCUACAUGGCGUGCCGAGCAUAGCUCUUUCUUUUGAUACUUACAGCUGUUUAAAUAAAUGCUACCUGGUUUGAAAAUGCACUCUAUUGUUUUUUGUUGCUAGGGUGUCAUCAUUGAAGUGUCUUCUGUUGCUUAGUGGACAAGUCAACUGAGUGGCAAAGAUUGGGAGAGAGUAUGCACUUGGAGAGGUGUGUUGAGGUGUGUAGGGGAGGGGGGGGAGUGUGUAGGUGCAGGUGUGUGUGUGUGUAGGGGUGGGUGUGUGUGGUGGCAUAGGACUGCAUAGAUGAGACUAGAAUUGAAUGUAGGUACAGUUUAAUACAAAACGGCUGUAACUUCUGGUUUUGCUACAAUGUAUUGCAGGAUUUUAUGCAUAUUUUAUAUCAAUAUUAAUGACACUUCAAGUUCCAGUAUUUCAGCUGUUUUUAUAUAUGUUGCAAAACUUUGAAAUUUUGAAUUUCUUCCAUUUCACUUAUUUUUCUUAGGUGAAGAGUCAUAUUUGCCUAAAUGAAACAUAAUCUGAAAAGGUAUGGUUUUUCACAGAUCAUUAACUCUUUAAUUUCAGUAAAUUUUCAACAUCUGGGGUAUCAGGAAAUACCCCAGAUGGAUAUUUCCUGAUACCCCAUUUCCAUUACUUUAAUGGAAAAAAUUGCUUUUCCAUUAAAAGUUUCAAGUUUUAAAUACCAUAUGCAUUAGGUUAAACACUAAAUGUGUAUUAUACUUUGGUUAUAAUUCUGUCCAUUGUAAUUGAGGAAUAUUUUGCAGUACUUUCAAAUCUUAAGUAAUUAUCAGGGCCUUGAAGCUUGGCCAAAUAUAAUGAUUUGCUGAUGAAGGAAAUAAAAUUUAUCCCCAAGUGUUGUAGCACUUCAGUAAAGCAAAAGUGUUACAUUGACCAAUCCACACACUAGAAAAUGAAGGGACGACGACAUUUCGGUCCGUCCUGGACCAUUCUCAAGUCGAUUGUGAUUCUCACAAUUUUUCAAUCGACUUGAGAAUGGUCCAGGACGGACCGAAACGUCAUCGUCCCUUCAUUUUCUAGUGUGUGGAUUGGUCAACAUACUUCAGCCACGUUAUUGUGACUCAUCGCCUGCAAAAGUGUUACAUUAACUUGACCACGAUAAUUUGUAUUCAAUGUUUGUUUUGAAAGUAUAUAUAUAUAUGUUUUAAGUAAUUUUCCAUGACACUUGUGCAAUUACAAUUUUGUUUUGUUAGGAAAUAUACGGAUUGCUCAUUCAUUUAAUUUUAGUUUUAAGAAUAACUAGAUAUGUUGACACAUCUAAGCACCUUUAUAAUUAUUUGGACAGGUAUGUACAGUAUUUGAUAUGCACUCAUUUAUUCUAUACUGUACUGUCUUUUGUGUUUGAUUUAUGGGAAGUCAGUGUUUUCCUAGCAUUAAAAUAAAUAUUUUUUUAUUAAUACUGUUAUUGCUAUUUCUAUUAUUAAUAAAAUGAUUAGGUUUCAUCAUCAGGGGAGAUACAUAUGGGUUUUGCCUUGUAUUUUUCUGCUUCAUUUUCAUGCAUAUUAAUUUUUUGUUCACUGAUAUUUUGAGAAAGCAAAUAAAUGUACCUGGUAAUCUAUCCUCGCUUCGUGUGUAAUGUUCGUCUGAUGCAGGUAGUCCGGGGAGUACAGUAAACCCAUUACAGUAUGUAGAGUUGAAUAUUAAUAAUUUUUUUUUUGUAAAUGAUCCACUUUUAUCUCUAAUCAGCAAGGAAAAAAUUAUGCACAAGAGUUAACUGUAUUCCCACUUUCUCAUUUAUAAAGCAUCAUUUAUUGUGGUUUUUACUUGCAACUCGACCACAUGGAUUAUUAUUUUGUCAUUUAACAUUCCACUUACAAUGAAUUCACACCAAAACCAGCUGGUAGCACAGUGUGUUUUUUUUUUUUAUUAAAUUUGUAAAUGCUU